GAAAUCUAAAGUAACAGAUCUACGUUUUUUUAACCAUCAAUCGUCUUCAAUCGAUCCGAGAACCAAUUUUCCUGCAUGUGCUAACUUCAUCUUUAAUGAUUCAGAUAAGCUUGAAGAUGGCUACGACCCUAAACAAGGGGAGGAAAGAGACAUCGGAGCUUCAGAUCAAGAGUCGAUCGGACUAAAGAAGAACAGAAACGCAGAUCGAAACCAACCGGAAAAAAACCGGUGAGAAGCCGGCGAAGGAUGAUGCUAUGGGAGUCAUCCCUUCCCGGAGACCAUAAGCCGGCGAAGACGGUGAUAAAGGAUCCACCGCUUCCCAGAGUCAUAAACCCCACCAUCGGGAACCUUAAUCGGAAAAGAUCCGAUGAACAAAGCUUCAACGCUCUCUCUCUCAAAGAUAUGAGAGAGAUAAGAGAGAGAGCGAAUGGAACAAUUUUUCACCGUAAAUAACAAAGCCUUUAUAUGCCAAGUUACAAAAAAAUAACAAAGCCUUUAUUACAAAUACUCAUGCAAAAACACAAUAAAUAAUAAAAAACAUUGCAUUGACUUCUCACCAGCUUGUUCCACCUGCUGCGAGAGCUCCGAGCAGAAGAGAGAAACGGAAGGUUUAGAGGGUACUGUGCAGCCCACGGUGCUACUCUCAUUUCUUAUCCUACGCCUCUCCGUCUUUCUUAUCCUGCACCUCUCCGCCUUGUUCAGGUGUCUCAUGGGCGCUUCUUCUCCAAGCAAAAAAAUAUCUCUUGUUGUUGUUUCUCAGAAUAGAUUCUAGAGUUCCCGCAUUGAAUAAUCGCGUUUGCGUUUCGCCAAUUAGCGUUUUCUCGAAAUGCUUUGGAUCACGAGAUUCUCUGCAUUCUUCUCCGCCGCCAUGGCAGUGAUCGUCUUAUCUCCGUCGCUACAAUCAUUCCCUCCCGCGGCGGCGAUCCGGUCCUCCGAUCGUAGCUUAAUCUCAUCCUUCAGAAACUCCCCUCCCUUUCGCAACGCCGCCGAAGAAUGUCUCUCCUCCUCCGCCGCAGACUCCAACGUCUGCAACCCCUCGUUAGUCCACGUGGCGAUCACACUCGACGUAACUUACCUCCGCGGCUCAAUCGCAGCCGUCAAUUCAAUCCUCCAACACUCCUUAUGCCCCGAGAGCGUCUUCUUCCACUUCAUCGUCUCCUCCGAGACAAACCUAGAGUCUCUCGUGAGAUCGACUUUUCAAGAACUAAAAUUCAAAGUUUACUAUUUUGCCCCUGAGACGGUCCGCGGUUUGAUCUCUUCCUCCGUGAGACAGGCCCUCGAGCAGCCGUUGAACUACGCUAGAAACUACCUCGCGGAGCUUCUCGAGGGCUGCGUUAACCGGGUCAUAUACUUGGAUUCGGAUCUUGUGGUGGUCGACGACAUCGCAAAGCUCUGGAAAACGGGUCUGGGUCCGAGGGUAAUCGGAGCUCCAGAGUACUGCCACGCGAAUUUCACUAAGUACUUCACCGGAGGGUUCUGGGCCGAGGAGAGAUUCUCGGGUACGUUUCGACGGAGGAGGAGGGCUUGUUACUUCAACACGGGGGUGAUGGUGAUUGAUUUGAAGAAGUGGAGACGAGGUGCCUACACGAGACGGAUCGAGAAGUGGAUGGAGAUUCAGAGGACGGAGAGGAUCUACGAGCUGGGAUCGCUUCCGCCGUUUCUGCUUGUUUUCGCCGGACACGUGGCGCCGAUUUUGCAUAGGUGGAACCAGCAUGGGCUCGGUGGGGACAAUGUUAGAGGUAGCUGUCGGGAUUUGCAUCCUGGUCCGGUGAGUUUGCUUCAUUGGUCUGGUAGUGGCAAGCCGUGGUUAAGGCUUGACUCGAAACGGCCUUGUCCGUUAGAUGCUCUGUGGACGCCUUAUGACUUGUAUCGACAUUCACAUUGAGGCCGGUUUGUUGCAUAUGCAGCCAUUUGGUGCUGCUAUAUGAGGAGACUGGAGAGUACUAGAGUAGAGACUAGAGAAGGUUUCAUCGAUAUUGACCGGUUCGGUUUGGAAGACAAUCGAAGGUAGCUUUUGUUUGUAGAAGAUGAAAACCCUUACCGGGUAAAAUGGGUUUGGUUUAGCCAAACCGGAGACAUAAUUGAGAUGUGGAAACUUUAUUUUAAUGUGUGGUUUGCCGGGCGGGUCGGAUCAUUUUUGUUGGCGAGAAGAAAACAGAGUUAGGUUACUCAUGUGGAUGAUAUUUUGUUGUGUGUUUAUCAAUAAUAUCUUUUAUAAAAUAUGUUUUUGGUA